AUGGACCUAGUAGGUAAUUUAUUCGUGUUAUUGCAACAUCAUGUUUAUGCGCAUGGACAGUGGGAUGAAGAGGUGUUACGGGACCUCUUUGAUGAAGUCGAGGUGCGACGGAUUAUUGCCACCCCAGUUGCUAAUCAUUUACCUGAUUCGUGGCGAUGGGUGGGAGAUAUACGUGGAGAGUACACAGUGAAACACGGAUAUAAACUUCUGACAUCAAGUUUCACGUUGAGUAGCACCCCAGGAAAUUUUGCCGCAUGGGACAAAUUGUGGAAACUCCCAGUUCCACCCAAAGUACAUCUGCUUUGGCGUUGUACUCGGGGAAUAUUACCGGUGCGGGAAAAUCUCAAGCUCAAGAACAUUUGGAUUGGGGGAGGUUGUCCACUAUGCACGUAUGAUUCGGAAACUGCAGAACAUCUUUUUGGAGGGUGCUGUUUUGCUCGGCAGCUGUGGAAGAGAGACGAAGGGCUGCAAGAUAGGACGGUCCAGUCUUACAUGGAAGAGCUGGUUAACGGUACGUGUACAGGUAAGAAGAUACGAAUGGCCGCGGUGUUUUGGAUGAUCUGGAUAGCACGGAACGACAGAAUUUGGAGGAAUAAGGUAUGGACAGUGGAGGCUACGCACAACCAGAUUGAGCUGCUGAUAGCUACCUGGAAUGAGAACUAUAAACGGGAGAUCACUGUUGAUCAAAUUAGAGAUGAUGGUGCGACAUGGGAACCACCAGCGCCGAACUGGGUGAAGUGCAACGUUGACGCGGCGCUCUCGUCCGUUGAGGUAGCCUUUGGGGCGGCAAUCCGUGAUCAUAGGGGGCGCUUUGUGGCAGCAAGGAACGGAUGGUUGAUCUGUUACCGUGAUCCGUUAAUGGCAGAGGCUUGUGCAGUUAAGAAGAGUUUAGAAUGGUUGCACAGUUUGGGUCAUAACCAGUUGAUUGUUGAAUCAGAUUGUUUAGUUUUUUGUAAUGCGUUUAAUUCUUGCAAUUUAGAUUUGUCUUGUGUUGAUUUAAUUGUGAAGCAAUGUAAACAAAUUGCUAGCGACAUGGGGGACGUUGUGGUUCGCCAUGUUAGGAGAUCAGCGAAUCGUGUGGCUCAUGUUCUUGCACAGGCAACCGAUUCUUCGUCUGACUCAGGUUCUUGGUCCGAUGUACCACCUGAUUGUAUUUCCGACCUGUUGGCUCAGUAA